UCUCACUCAGUGAAGCCCUACGUCCGGCUUCACUCCACGGUCUCUCCCAGUGGAUCACAUCCGGCCAUGCUGGUCUGCAGCGUCUACGAGUUCUACCCAAUCAUCAAAGUGAGCUGGAUCAGGAAUGGACAGGAAGUCACCUCUGAUGUCACUUCCUCUGAAGAGCUGGCUGACAGUGACUGGUACUACCAGGUCCACUCCCACCUGGAGUACACGCCCAGGUCUGGAGACAAGAUCUCCUGCAUGGUGGAGCACGUCAGCCUGGGAGAGCCUCUGGUUACUGACUGGGACCCCUCCAUGCCAGAGUCUGAGAGGAACAAGAUAGCCAUCGGAGCUGCAGGGCUGAUCCUGGGUCUGACCUUAUCUCUGGCCGGGUUCAUCUACUACAAGAGGAAGUCCAGAGGACGGAUCCUGGUUCCCAGCCACUGAUCCUGGUCCUGGUUCCCAGCAGCAGUUCCUGGUCCCCAGCAGCUGAUCCUGGUCCUGGUCCCCAGCGGCUGGUCCUGGUCCUGGUUCCUAGCAGUGGGUCCUGGUCCUGUGUGUGUCUUCAAACCGCUUCAUGUGCUGCUAGCUGCUGACUCUGUGAUGAUCUGAGCUCUGAUACUCUGCCGGUCUGAACCCUGAUCCAGGACUCUGGUCAUCAUGACUCUGUUGGGAAUUAAGGGCUCCAUAUAAACCAGUAUAUAGCAGAUAUAGUGCAGGGGGGGGGGGUAUUUACUCUGACAGACCAGGUUCAGUCUGGACUGUGCUAGUCUUUGUGUGAAAUCAAUAUGUACUUAUAUCCAAAGCUCUGUUUCUAAAUCAAUGUACUCCAGGUAGUUUAAAGCCUUCCUCCAGGGUUGCUGAUUGUGAGACUUUUCAAUAAACCUUGAGACUACU